GGAGAGAAAUUAUAUAUCUGUGGGUCUGUGUUUGUGCUACAGGAAAGCACUAGAUCCAGCUAGUCUUAGUUACGACAGUGUCACUAGGCAGGUGGUGUGUAUCUAUCUGUAGGGUCAGACCAGGCAUGGACGGAAGAGAACAGGAGACAAUGGAGGAAGACAAGGAGUCCGGGUCUGAGGAAUCCGGGUCAGAGGAUACCUGGCCUGAAGAGUCGAGUUGGGAGGACAAGGAGGACGACGAGCUCGAGGAGGCGCUGUUGGACGCUGCAGGGGUAGGAGACACGGACAGAGUGAAGCACCUGUUAGCGGAGGGAGUCAACCCUAAUGCUGUUGAUAGCUUUUUGCAAUGUACUCCCCUGCACAUGUCAGCCCAGAAUGGUCACCAUGAAACUGUAUCAGCUUUACUGACAGCUGGUGCAGAUGUGAACUCACGGGACGUGUCGGAAAACACCCCCCUCCAUUAUGCAGCUACAUAUGGCCACCCCGAGUGUGCGGAAAUACAGCUGCAGUACGGGGCUGAUACCGGUCUCAGGAACAAGGAUGGUCAAACGGCGGAGGACAUCGCUGCAUAUGAUGAGGACACCAGUGACG